AAUUAUCUUUGAUAACUGAUUAAUUAAGCUGAAAAGAUUAAUGAUCCCUCUAGUGAUUUGCUUAUUACUUCCUUUCAUUUCACCUAAAUUAAUUGUGAUUUGUGAUGGAGAGAGUACUUAUUUUGAGAUGGAAAUAAUAUUACAAUUUGGUUUCUUACUCACAUUAACGUUAACCAUAUUGAUUAAGCAAGUGCAACCAAACUUGUGGUGUAUAUUUUACUUGGCCAACUCAAAGUAUAAAGGGACCUGAAAAAUCAUAUUCCCAUGGAUUGCAGUAACUUGUAGUGUCUCCCAUAACUCUGCUCCUCAGAACACUUUGCAAAAUCCUUGGGACUGGUGGAUAUGAUGGACUGUUCUUGCUGCGCUAAUCUUGUUAAGCCGACAUCUUACGCCAACCCAUUUCUGAACGAUCAUCAGAUAGUCUCUGUAUUGAACAGAAGUACUUCUGCGAAAAUUUUACAUCCCGGGGUUUUACGGACUCGUGCACCCUCCCUUUCAAGCCCUUUAAGAGCAUAUAGCAGCCGCAUUUCUUCUCAAGCUGGAGGACAAGGUUGGGACUUCGGCAGAUUUAUAAAGACACUAUUUUUCUUUAACGGACCUCCAUCUCCUGCCAAGUUUGUGGAAUCUUUGCUAGAGAAACUCUCAAAUACAUCACCUAGCUACACAGAGAACGCGAUGGACAAUUCAGGUGUUAUUCUUGUGGCUGGAGCAACUGGUGGUGUUGGGCGAAGAGUAGUUGAUAUCUUGCGUAGUAAAGGGCUUCCUGUUAAAGUCCUGGUAAGGAAUGAAGAGAAAGCGAGAAGAUUGUUAGGACCAGAUGUUGACCUGAUUGUUGGAGAUAUUACCAAGUCCAGCACUUUAAUUCCCGAAAAAUUUAAAGGAGUUCGAAAGGUUAUAAAUGCAGUUUCAGUCAUUGUUGGCCCAAAGGAAGGAGACACUCCAGACAGGGCAAAGUACAGUCAGGGAAUCAAGUUUUUUGAACCAGAGAUUAAAGGUGCCUCUCCUGAAAUGGUGGAGUACAUCGGGAUGAAAAACUUGAUAAAUGUUGUAAAGGAGGGUAUUGGACUUCGCCAGGGGAAGUUAGUGUUUGGAUUUGAAGGAAAUUCAUCCAGAGAACUUCCUUGGGGUGCUUUGGAUGAUGUUGUGAUGGGAGGCGUGAGUGAAAGUGCAUUUGUAAUUGAUCAAUCUGGUGGUGAAAAUGGUGGACCUACGGGGAUUUUCAGAGGCGUGGUUUCCACUGCAAAUAAUGGGGGAUUUACUAGUAUCAGGACUAAGAACUUUCCAGUGCCAGAGGAUCUUUCUGCAUAUGAUGGUUUGGAGCUUCGACUGAGAGGUGAUGGACUCCGUUAUAAACUCAUUCUCCGUACUAGUCGUGAUUGGGACACAGUUGGUUAUACGUUGAGCUUUGAUACCUCCGAGGGCCAAUGGCAAUCGAUACAAUUGCCAUUCUCUUCUCUGAGGCCUGUUUUUCGAGCUCGAACAGUGUCAGAUGCAGCACCUUUUGAUGCUAGCCAAAUUGUGUCAUUGCAGUUGAUGUACAGUAAGUUUGAGUAUGAUGGAAAACUGAAUCCCACUUUCAAGGAAGGUCCAUUUCAACUUCCAAUAUCAAGCAUAAAGGCAUACAUAAAGGAACCAGUUACUCCCAGGUUCGUGCAUGUCGGUUCUGCUGGGGUCACAAGACCUGAAAGACCUGGACUUGAUUUGAGCAAACAGCCUCCUGCUGUCCGCCUAAACAAGGAACUGGGCUUCAUCCUCACAUACAAAUUGAAGGGGGAGGAUCUGAUUCGGGAUAGUGGGGUUCCGUACUCGAUUGUGAGGCCGUGUGCUCUAACGGAAGAGCCCGCUGGAGCUGAUCUUAUAUUUGACCAGGGAGAUAAUAUUACGGGGAAGAUAUCUAGGGAAGAGGUUGCUCGAAUAUGUGUUGCUGCUCUGGAGAGCCCAUAUGCAUGUGACAAGACAUUUGAGGUGAAAAGUGUCAUUCCCUUCAGUGAGCCAUUUACAGUGGAUCCUUCAAACCCUCCUCCUGAGAAAGAUUACAAUGUUUACUUCAAGACACUGAAAGAUGGCAUUACCGGAAAAGAAAGCUUAGAGAAAACUCCUGUUACAGCCUGAACCGUGUGUCCAGGUUGAAUUAUGAAUAGCGUGAAAGACAUGGCUCUUUAACAUCCUUCGCUUGAAAUCAAAGUAAAACUACCCUUUUGUUCCAGUAUUACACUACAGGUCGGGUGCAAUGUAUUAAGAAACACUAGUGUUGUUCGGUGCAGAAAGAAUUAGGGAAUGCAGGGUGAAGACAUGUACAGGAUAAGCAGGCAGGAAGACUUUACUUGUUUUGGUAUGGAACCUUUUUGUAGAUACAUGUAUCUAGUAAUGUAACAAAACUCCCCCAUUUUUGUGGCCGACUUCUACUGGAGUGACACAUUAAUUUACAGUGGACUUGGGCAAAUAGCUGAUAUGAACAGGGGAGACUGUGCGUAAUAAAUUGGUGACGUGGGGUGAUGCCAUCAUAAAUUGUAGGUACAUUAUAGUGGUGAAUCGUCUGCUACAGUACAUUCACCAACUGUGAGUUAAAAAGUUGGAGGCAAAAUCCGGGUGAAUUGCCUGCAUUUGUCGGUUAGUCUGCAAUCCCAUCAUCAAUGUACAAUAGUACCUCCGACCUCGAAAAUAUAGGUCUCUCAGUUGGAAAAAUUAUUCGCAAGAAAUAAUGCAGAUUGUUGGGUUUUUUUUUUUUGCAGCAAGAAAUCUCAUCAGGCCUUUUGGUUUGGUAUCAACACAGAAGACAAACAAAAGCAUUAAUAAGAUGGAUGGACAGUGAUGUGGCUUAAGAGUGGUGACAUUAAUACCACAAAAGGGUUUUGGGAGAAAAACGAUGAAGAAAGAAGUGUGGCUGAGAGAUGUCAACUUCUGCUCCCUCUGCUGCAACCUUUGAAAAUUGAAGAGCCCAAAAAAGGGACCUGUGGGCUGGUUAACUUGGACUUUUAGACCCACUCCUCCGCUUGGCAUUUAUACCAUAAAAAGGCCAUAUGUUUUUUAAACUUAAUUUACCCAGGCCAUAUGUACUUUUGUUUUUUCAAACUUACUCAAAAUUUUGGGCAGGAAGCCACAGGAUUGAGUAACUCUGGAAAUGCCAAAAGUAAAUCGCUGCCAGAGAGGCUGUUAUUCUUGUUCAUUGCUUACUGCCAUCAUUGCAUGUGAACUUCUGCAUCCUAUUCACACCUAAGCUUCUUUUCAGUGGUUUCUUAAGGCUAAUUUGAGUCCAGAUUUCAG